AGAGCUGCCUCUACAACCAUGUUUGCUACAAUUCACAUCAUGGCUAGCUCAAGGUUACCCGCGUCAGCACUUACAUUAAAACAGUUUAUACAGAGGCAGAAAGUGUUGAGUCUCUACAGAAACAUGAUGAGAACCAUCAGACAAGUGCCAGACGAGGGAGACCGAAAAUACCUGCGGGAUUGGGCGAGAGAUGAGUUCAAGAGGAAUAAAAAUAGCACGAAUCAGGACGCCAUCCGAAUGAUGAUCACACAGGCAAACAUGCAUCAUGAUGAGCUACAGUCAUCCCUUGCAUUGGCUAACGUUAAGAAGUAAUGUCACCUGUCUGGGGCUAAGGUAACCCACCGAUUUAUCCUGGACGUGGACGCCAGAAGCUUUUCUAUGCUGCCUCAAAUGGACUGUGAAAGCCAAAGGAAUCAGUACUUGGACAAGUACACCACUUACUGUGGAAGCACCUUGGCAUUUGGCCCCGACCAGCUCGUUGCCGUUCAUAAUGUGAUUUGGACCAUAUCAGAUGGUUGCCAUCUACAUGUCUAGCAGUGGUGACGCUUUCAAAUCACUUGUGAGGAACGCUGUGAGAGCCAUGUGUGAUAUGCCAUUUGCGAUCAUGUCUGACAUAAUACCAUCGUUCUCAUGUUGGGCUAUUGUAAAGCUGUUUGUGUCCAGAUGACCCUCGUGAAAUGUGUGAUGUACAUGUUGGACAUAAAACAAAAAUAC